UCCCCCCGGCCCGCGGCAUGAGCGCGGCCGCAGGCUACCAGCACAUCCGCAUGUACGACCUCAAUUCCAACAACCCCAACCCCGUCAUUAACUACGAUGGCGUGAGCAAGAACAUCACCUCCGUGGGCUUCCACGAGGACGGGGGGGGGAGCUCCACGGCCGGGGAGGCCGGCAUGGCCAGGAUCUGGGACCUGAGGUCUCGUAACCUCCAGUGUCAGCGCAUUUUCCAGGUGAAUGCUCCUAUUAACUGCGUCUGCCUGCACCCCAACCAGGCAGAGCUAAUUGUGGGUGAUCAGAGUGGUGCCAUUCACAUCUGGGACCUGAAGACAGACCACAACGAGCAGCUGAUUCCAGAGCCUGAAGUUUCCGUGAAUUCAGUUCACAUUGACCCCGAUGCCAGUUACAUGGCGGCUGUCAACAGCUCGGGAAAUUGCUAUGUGUGGAACCUGACAGGCGGCAUUGGAGAGGAGGUGACCCAGCUGAUCCCCAAGACCAAGAUCCCAGCGCACAACCGCUAUGCCCUUCAGUGCAAGUUCAGCCCCGACUCCACGCUCUUGGCGACGUGUUCUGCAGAUCAGACGUGUAAGAUCUGGAGGACUUCAAACUUCUCUCUGAUGACAGAGCUGAGCAUUAAGAGCAAUAACCCGGGGGAAACAUCUCGGGGCUGGAUGUGGGACUGCGCGUUCUCCGGGGACUCCCAGUACAUUGUCACAGCCUCCUCUGAUAACCUGGCCAGGCUUUGGUGUGUGGAGACAGGAGAGAUCAAGAGGGAGUACAGUGGCCACCAGAAAGCAGUCGUCUGCCUCGCUUUCAACGACAGUGUGUUGGGAUAACCACCACGCGUGGGAAGGAAAGGACUUCUGCUUGUUUUCCCUUGUCUUACAGUGGCAGGCACCCUCUCUGGAGCCCGAGACGUGCACGGGUAACCCUCCUCUGCGCUGACAGAGAGGGCUUGGUCUCUGGCAGAAGGAGCUGCCUGGAGUGAGAACCAGGCUUCAGCUGCGAGCAGAUCAUUACUGAAAUGUACGUGGCCUCUAAGGGAGGCUGCUUGGACAAAAGGGAAUGGGAGAGGGAGUCGUGACACCACUGAGGGGAGCUGGAUACAGUUCAGCUGGAGGAAUCCCUGUGGCAUCAGCUGCUGGCAGCUUUGUGGCGUUCUUGUACCCCGAAGUGGAAAAGAACCCCAAACCAGUCAGCCUUUCUACAUGCUGGAAGAGUCUGAGCAAAGAGAGGAAAGGCAGCUGUUUUCCUGGUUUGCAAUCCCUUUAUUCAAAGUGUAUUUCACAGACUUACUUGGAGAGCUGCUCUCUUACAAAGCCAACCACACCCACCCAACAAAUUUAGUAACCUUGUGUUGAACGGGGCGUGUAGCCAUGGAACAUUAUCUCCGCCACGCGAUUCCUCUAGGCCUGGGUCUCCUACUACCUACGU